UGCUGCCGUCACAUCAUGGCGACGCGCGGAGCGGAGGCAGCGCGCGGAGGAGGCAGCAGCGGCAGCGCGGCGGCGGCGGCGGGACGGAGCCGGCGCCAGAGCCAGAGCGGCGAGGAGGAGGAGGCGGCGGCCCCGAGCGGCAGCCUGGAGCUGGUUGGUGGUGCAAUGGAAGAAGCUGGAUCUCAGGAGAUGGGAAUGAAUAACGAGGAUCAGCUGGUGAACAGCAAGUGCAAUGAAUUGUCUGAUACAGCGUUGCAGCAUGCGCAUUCCAACUGUUACGGCCUGGAAAACACAGGCACGUUGGAAGAAGCCGAGUAUAUCACAAAGAACAGAAAACACCUGGGGUCCACAUGCUGCUCUCAAGCGUCUCGUGAGGAGACGCCUGGGAGAGAAGAAGCCCGUACUGAUCCACCUGAUGGCCAACAAGAUCCAGAGAGUGAAAAACACAAAGAGAAAACUUUGGGAAAAGAAGUGCUAUUAUUAAUGCAAGCCUUGAACACACUUUCUACUCCAGAGGAAAAGCUGGCAGCUUUGUGCAAGAAGUAUGCUGAUCUGUUGGAGGAGAGCCGGAAUGUUCAAAAGCAGAUGAAGAUACUGCAGAAGAAGCAAGCACAAGUUGUGAAGGAGAAAGUCCACUUGCAGAGUGAGCAUAGCAAGGCCAUUUUGGCACGUAGCAAACUGGAAUCUCUCUGUCGGGAGCUUCAGCGUCAUAACAAGACUUUGAAGGAAGAAAACAUGCAGCAAGCGCGUGAAGAAGAAGAAAGACGGAAAGAAGCAACUGCACACUUCCAGAUUACACUGAAUGAAAUUCAGGCUCAGCUGGAACAGCAUGAUAUACAUAAUGCCAAGCUCCGUCAGGAAAAUAUUGAACUGGGGGAAAAACUGAAGAAACUCAUUGAGCAGUAUGCGUUGCGAGAAGAGCAUAUCGAUAAAGUGUUCAAACAUAAAGAACUACAGCAGCAACUUGUGGAUGCCAAACUUCAGCAAACUACCCAGCUUAUUAAAGAAGCAGAGGAAAAACAUCAGCGAGAAAGGGAGUUUCUGCUAAAAGAAGCUACUGAGUCCAGACACAAAUGUGAACAGAUGAAGCAACAGGAAGCUCAGCUGAAGCAGCAGCUUUCUCUUUACAUGGAUAAGUUUGAAGAAUUCCAGACCACCAUGGCAAAAAGUAAUGAACUCUUUACAACCUUCAGGCAAGAAAUGGAGAAGAUGACGAAGAAGAUUAAGAAACUGGAAAAGGAAACCAUAGUGUGGCGUACAAAAUGGGAAAACAACAACAAGGCUCUUCUGCAAAUGGCUGAAGAGAAAACAGUAAGAGAUAAAGAAUACAAGGGCUUUCAAAUAAAACUGGAGCGUUUGGAGAAGCUAUGCAGGGCCCUUCAGACAGAAAGGAACGAGCUGAAUGAGAAGGUGGAAAUCCUUAAGGAGCAGGUUUCCCUCAGAGAAGCAGAUGUGGAUCUAGCUGUGCAGGUGUUGCAGUCCUGCACACUCAAUUCCCACGAGGAGCUGGGAACUCCCACUGACACGGAACCAGGAAUCCAACCCGAUGUGGAAUCACGUGGGGCAAAUAGCUCCGAAAAGACUGUCUCAACAAGUCCUGUUCCUGGCACUGAAUCUGUAGACUAAAAUGAAGUGUAAACACUGUAUUGAGAGAUAUAUUUUGUGUAUAACUUUCUCUGUUGGUGGUAACUAUUUGGUUUUGUGGUGAAAAUUUUCUUACUUUUUCUACCAUAUCUGUAUUUUCUUAGAACUACUGGACUUAUGUGGUACAGGAAGCUGCAUAGCAGCUUUAAAUAGCUUAAACUAUAAAUUUUCCACAACUGUGUUGCACAUCUGCCUCAUUUUUUAAAAGAAAAUAUUUUUCCAUAAAAGGAUGCAUGUGCGUUUCCUCCCCACAACACAAAUCACUGUCAUGGAAGACCGUGUACAGAUAUAACAUCAUUCCAGGGAAAAUAGUGACAGCAGGUCACUUUUUUUUGGUUCAAAGAACAGCAUUCUGGUUUUGUUCAUUGAUUUGCCACUCAGUAUACUAAAGAUUACCAAUUUUUCCAGUAAAUUUAUCUACAUAAGGAUGUCUAAUGGCCAGUAAAAAAUGUCAACUUUCCCCUCUAGUAUGUUUUCAUAUAUAUGAAUGACAAAGUAAAGGUCCAGAAUAUAGUAAAAGGUAUGUUUAAAGGGUUUUAUGUACUUUGUGGUAUGAAAAAACAGCUUUGAAAUACAUUAAUUUGCAGCUGGUGAAACAGGGUGUACAACUUUUUGCAGACUUCUCAGGGUUGUGUUGUAAAGGUUAGUUUGGACUCUUUGCCCUAGCUGUGAACGUGUUAAAUAUAAGCGCGUGAGAAAAUGUACAGCAAUGUUACAGAGUGGAAUUUUGCAGUUGUGUAGCCUAUUGCACAGGUGUUGGUCAUGUUCUUCCCUCUUAGCUGCAGUGUGUCCAUCACAUGGUUAUCCUGACUAGAGAAAUCCGUUACUGUCUAGAUGAAUCUCUCGAUUAUCUGAAGGGCUGAAAAAUAGACAUUUACUGCCAGAGGUGUGGAAGACACGAGUCUGUGGCAUAUAGGCUUUCUCUAAUAGCCUUGUAUGCAAUGUAUUUAAGCGUUAGUUAAGCGUAUACUGAUUAUAAUUGAACAUAUAGAUUCAAAUACUUUUCCUGAAGUACAAUGUGGAAUUUCUUGCACACUCAACCUCAAAGCUGUACCAGUUGGCAGAGUGCCUUCCCAGUUAGGUUAUCUGGUAAAGAUGGUACUUCAAAUUCUUAUGCUAACAUACCACAAGCAAAGCUCCCUUGUUAACCUUAAACUGUACAGUCUUUUCCUAGAAAAUUUGAUAUCCACAUUUUGACUUCUUUUCCUGAAAGAAACUAGGACCAAUGUUUAUUUUUUGGCAAGGCAAUGUGUGAAAUAACUACAAGCUACCCUUAGCUUUAGUUCCCAUGCAUUUACUUUUCUAGUUUUGGUUGCUGUCAUUUUAAGAGAUACGAACAUGUGUAGCCUUUUCUGGUACUUAAAGUUCUUUGCACUUACUUGGGAGGGGAUUUCUGAAUCAAGCACAUCUCUCAAUGAGCUUCCCACCCUCAUCGCCCUUGACAGUUUAGUGGCUAAAUUACUUGAAUGUUCAGGCUGCACUGAGCUCCUGAUCCUUUUCCUGUAGUAAUGUACAUUGAAAUAAUGUAGCUGUCUCUGAAAGAGAGUAAGGUUAUGUAAGGCCUAAUAAAUGUGUUUUAGCUUAUACCACUGAGAUGAACUGUGCAAAACUGACGUUUCUUAAAUGGUGGAGCAAAUGGGAAGCUGGCCAUCUUUCUCCUAGAUUUGUGCAGGUUUUGUGUUUGUGGUCCAAGCACAAUGCAGGAAUGAAAAGAAGGUAGCAAUGAGCAGUCAGUCAAGUUAGACUCAGAGCUUUGAAAUGUUAAUCAUGCUAACCAUAUGGCAUAAAAAAUACUGGAAAGAAGUAUUUCAGACUUGCUUUUCAAGUGACUUGCUUUAUAGAAUCAAACUGUUUAAAAAAUAGUUGUUGCGAGAACUGGUUUUCAGCUAACACUAAGCAUGAAGUAAUUUUCCUGAGGAAAAGUGAAAAACUUUGUAUCUGAUGCAUCAUACCCUUGGCAAGGUAGGACAUGCAGUUUUCUAUUUUUACAAUUUAUUAUUUGGA